GAACUUUCAGAUGUUUAUAUCUUAAUAUUUAUUUAACCUAUAUUGGAUGUAAUAUUUUAAAUUGUUGAUUUAAAAAGUAGAGAGUUAUAUAUUUUUUCUCAUUAGGAUCAUUAAAGUACAAUGGAUAAAAAUUGACAGACUUUUAUAUAUAAUUAGUAAAAAAUGUUUAACAAACUAAGAGCUAAUGUCAUGUGCAGAUUCCGAAACGCUGUGAGGUCAAAAAAUAUUGCUCGUAUCCAAUAUAUACUUUCUAAUGAAAAUGUUGUAGAGAUUGUUGACAGUUGUGGUAAUACGUUUCUUCAUUUUGUGGCUGAAAAUGGGACCGUCGAUACUGCGACUCAGCUAUUGAAUAUUGGAUUAAAUAUUCACUCCCAAAAUAAAUACGGAAAAACGCCUAUUUUCUAUUCUUUUCAAAAUUCUUUUCAAAUGGUUAAAAUUCUAUUCAAUCAAGAAACUAAGCUCAAUUCCAAUUUACUUAGUCAUGCAUUAUAUUUUGGCACUGAAGAAAUUGUUUUAUUUUUGUUACGUAAUUUAACAAUUGAUUUCAAAUGUCCGAAUAAUUCGUUACCGAAUAGAAUUUCCGUUAAAACUAAAAAUCUAAUUGAAGAAUCAGAUGUGCUUGAUAAAUUACAGAUAUCAGAAAAUCUAAUAAAAUUUCUUCUAUCAAAUAAAGAAUAUUUAAUAGCAAGUGAUAAAUAUUAUUCGCUGUUAAUUUUCUUUGCUGCUAAAAUUGGUUCGAACGAUAUUUUACAAUUAAUAUUAAACGAUUGUCAUAAAUAUUUAACAAAUAAAAGAAUAAAUAAAAAUGAAAUUCAGCCGGAAGCUUUGAAUAUUCGAAAUGAAAAGGGUGAAACAGCGCUACAUUAUGCGGUUAGUCAACAACAUGUUGAUGCAGUGAAAUUUCUUUUGGAGAAAGGAGCUAAUCCAAAUUCUAAGUCUAAAAUUAAAUUUACACCACUUCACUAUGCAGCGCGACUUGAAAAUCAAGAGAUUUGUGUAAUUCUCCUUGAUUAUGGAGCCAAUGUUAAUCCAAACGAAGAUGGUUUUGAUAAUCCUUUGCAUUUGGUUAGCGGAUAUCUUAUGGGGAAAAUAUUUCAUGGUUUUGACGAAUUAACAAUCAACGUAUUUCGUCGUUUUAAAGGAAAUUGUACAAUUAAUCAAGAAAUUAUGAAACUAUUUCUUACACAUGGAGCUGAUCCAAAUAAGCGAGGUAAUAAUGGUAUGCCAAUUUUUAUUCAAUUUUGUAAACGUAGACGUAUUGAGGAGAUGAAAAUUCUUUUGGAAUUUGGAGCAAAUAUUCGAAUUGCUGACGAUGAUGGAAAUACAGCUCUACAUCAUGCAAGUACAUCAAUUCCAAUCAUCGAUUUACUACUAAAAAAUGGUCUUGAAAUUGAUGUCAAAAAUAAAGAAGAAAAUACUCCUCUAAUGCAUCACUUACAGAAGGAAUUUAAUCCGAACAUGAAAUUGGUUGAAUAUCUUUUGGAUCAUGGUUCAAGUAUUACUGCUGUAAAUAAAAGCGGCUAUUCUGUAUUUGACAUUGCCAUAAAUUACGAUCAUAUUGUCAGUGUUCUUACUUUAUUGGAAUUUGGUGCAGACAAAAUAUUAAAACACAAUUUGGAUUCUAAAAAUACACAUAUAACGGGCACACAUUGUUAUGGUAGAUUUGAUCAUCCAAAAAUGUAUUUAUAUAUAAACAAUUUAAAGAUUUUAAUUUCUUAUAUAGCGUUAAAGAGAGAAAAUAUAAAUGAUUAUUUCGUUUGUUGUUUAAAUCCUAAUAAUUUUUCAGGAUUUAUAAUAUUUAAUGAAAUAAAACUUGAAUUAGAGACAUUAAAAACGCGAAAAAUUUUAAACAAAGUUGGAAUAUGUUAUUCGUAUUAUGAUUUUUUGGCACGAGAUUUAACAACUGCAGUACGAAUUAUUAAGAAUCCUAUUAUGAAACAACAAUUAUCAAAUGUUGAAAAUUUUCGAGAUUUACGUUACUAUAAACUAUUUAUUCAGCAUCGAUUUAAAUGGGCUAAUGAUUUGGAAGAAUCUUUGGAUGAAAUAGUAAAUUUUCUUUUGAAUUUCGGAAAGAUCAGAUUACCAAUUCUAGUUAUUGAGAUAAUUCUCAGUUAUUUUACUUAUCGUGAUUUUCAAUGUUUUGGAAAGAUUUUAUCCGAAAUAAAAAAUUAAACAUUCGUAGGUAUAUAAUAUCAUGUUUUAAAGAUUUUUAUUGAACGGUUUAUUAAUGAGAAUAAAAAUCGGAAUUCGUUUUUUUAAAUUGUUAAGAAUGAUAACAAGAAUUUUUUUUUAUUUAAAAAAUUGUCUGUUACGUUCUUAUUUCAAAAUAGCAUCUAAUUUAAUAAGA